AUGGCUUACAGAAGCCAUUGCAGCUCACCAAACGACUUAUGUGACAAAACCUACGGAUUUGCAGAGGCAUAUUCGUGGAGAAGUUUUGUUAUUUCUUCUUGUUUCAGCGUCCAAAACCCUCCCAAAACCCUAUUCUCACAUUUCCUUGAUCGUAGAAAUAUAUCAAAGCUGGAGUUCGCGAAACCUCUGAGGAUCACGAGGAGCAAUUCUUCGAGCAGUAAUACCAAGCUAUGGGUCAUCGCCGGCCUCAGCUUCGUCGGCGUUCUGAUAAUUGCCGAGUCCGCUCGUCGCAGGAGAAAGGGUUCGAGUGAAACCUCUCCUCACGUGAAGGAUUUCGGUGCUUUCAUUGAACGAUUCGAACUCCUCCCGGCACCGCAGCCGCCGCCUCCUGCCGCACGGCACCCCCUCUCGAACCUCACCUUCGCCGUUGCGGACAAUUUUGAUGUCAAGAAUUCAGUUUCUGGGUUUGGGAAUCCAGACUGGAAGCGGACGCAUGAGCCAGCGGGCAAAACGGCAGUGGUGAUCUCAUUGUUGCUGCAGCGGGGAGCCACUUUAGUUGGGAGGACGGUUAUGGAUGAACUGGCUUUUGGAGUCACAGGUGAGAACUUGCAUUACGGCAUGCCGAUAAAUCCAGAAUCAUCUUUGCAAACACCAGGAGGAUCAUCUAGUGGUUCUGCUGUGGCAGUUGCGGCGGGUCUCGUUGACUUUGCCCUUGGUACUGACACAAUUGGAUGUGUGAGAAUUCCAGCUGCAUUUUGUGGCGUUCUUGGUUUUAGAUCUUCUCAUGGGAUUGUAUCCAACAUUGGAAUUUUGACGAACUCACAAAGUCUAUGUGCUGUAGGGCUUUUUGCACGAGAUCCAUCUAUUUUUCAUCGUGUUGGGCACUUAUUGUUGCAAGCAUCUCAAACGGUUGUUAAACGGGAAAAGCGAUUUAUAUUUGCUGAUGAUUUCUUUCAAUAUUCUAGGAUUCCAAAGCAGAAAACUGUGCAUGUUUUAAGCAAGGCCAUUGAAUCUCUUUCUGGGUACCAACCAGCCACGCAUAUGAAUGUUAGUCAGUACAUUGCUUCAAAUGUACCAAGUAUAAAAGAUUUUUGCGAUCCCUCUACGAAACUGCACCAAGGAACAUCAAUUCUGCAGGCACUUUCAACAAUAAUGCUAUCACUUCAAAAAUAUGAGUUCAAAACAAACCAUGAGGAGUGGAUCAGCACCGUCAAGCCCAGGUUGGGGCAUGAGAUCUCAGCACGUGUACGGGCUGCAUUAAACUCAACACAUGACAAUAUUAAAUAUUUGUAUAAAGCCAGGGCAGAACUUCGUGCUGCACUCAGUAGUCUCUUAAAGGAUAAUGGAAUUUUAGUUAUUCCAACCAUUCCAGAUUUCCCUUUGAAGCAUAAUUCUAAGAGAAAAAUGUCUCCCGAGUUUGAAGAUCGAUUGUUUAUGUUGUUGAGCCUUGCAGGGUUAUCGGGCUGUUGUCAGGUUGCCAUUCCACUAGGAAAGCAUGAAAGCUUUCCCAUUUCACUUUCUUUUAUAGCAGCACAUGGAGCAGAUAAGUUCCUUCUGGAUACUGUUUUAGACAUGCAUGCAUCUCUCCAGGAGCAAAUUAGUAUUGCGUCAAAUUUGGCUCCCUUACCAGAUUUUAAUGGGGACAUGGAGGCUUCAGAGUUAUUGAAAGAAAAGGGAAAUGCAGCCUUUAAAGGAAAACAGUGGAACAAGGCUGUAAAUUUCUACACUGAAGCUAUAAAAUUGAACGAUUCAAAUGCAACGUAUCAUUGCAAUAGAGCAGCUGCUUAUCUGGAACUCGGGUGUUACCAGCAGGCUGAAGCAGAUUGCAAUCAAGCCAUUUUACUAGAUAAAAAGAAUGUUAAAGCAUAUCUAAGAAGAGGAACGGCAAGGGAGAUGCUCGUAUCUUAUAAAGAAGCUGCUCAAGAUUUCAAGCAUGCUCUUGUUCUAGAACCACAAAACAAGGCCGCUCGUGACGCAGAGAAAAGGCUAAGGAGACUUAUGAGCUGAUAUCAUCUCUUGAUUUCGCAUUUUAGGGUACCCUAAAGCAACUCAAAAAGAUCCCUCUUAAUUUAGAUAUUUACAUUGCAAGCAUUCCAACAAAGAUUUGUCGAUGCUUUAGCCUGGAACUUUUCUCCCUUGUAGAGUUUGAAAACACUUUUAUAUGUAAAAGGUAACGCAGGUGAGUGUGUGCUCUCCUUUUUGUCUUAUGAUUUAGACUGUUUGCAUGCUAAAACUUUUGAGUGAAAGGAGGAUUGAUUAGCUCUGGUUAAUGGCUGUAGAUUUGUAUUAACGCACCACAUUAUUCUAAUUUCACUUCGAAGCUGAAGAGGCUGUUUGUUUGGAUGCACUAGAGCUGUAC